CACAUCCAGCCCAUCAUCAUCAACACCAACACUGAUACCCUCACAGGACCCACAUCCAGCCCAUCAUCAUCAACACCAUCAACCAACACUGAUACCCUCACAGGACCUACAUCCAGCCCAUCAUCAUCAACACCAUCAACCAAUACUGAUACCCUCACAGGACCUACAUCUAGCCCAUCAUCAACACCAUCAUCCAACACUGAUACCCUCACAGGACCUACAUCCAGCCCAUCAUCAUCAACACCAUCAUCCAAUACUGAUACCCUCACAGGACCUACAUCCAGCCCAUCAUCAUCAACACCAUCAUCCAAUACUGAUACCCUCACAGGACCUACAUCCAGCCCAUCAUCAUCAACACCAUCAUCCAAUACUGAUACCCUCACAGGACCUACAUCCAGCCCAUCAUCAUCAACACCAUCAUCCAAUACUGAUACCCUCACAGGACCUACAUCCAGCCCAUCAUCAUCAACACCAUCAUCCAAUACUGAUACCCUCACAGGACCUACAUCCAGCCCAUCAUCAUCAACACCAUCAUCCAAUACUGAUACCCUCACAGGACCUACAUCCAGCCCAUCAUCAUCAACACCAUCAUCCAAUACUGAUACCCUCACAGGACCUACAUCCAGCCCAUCAUCAUCAACACCAUCAUCCAAUACUGAUACCCUCACAGGACCUACAUCCAGCCCAUCAUCAUCAACACCAUCAUCCAAUACUGAUACCCUCACAGGACCUACAUCCAGCCCAUCAUCAUCAACACCAUCAUCCAAUACUGAUACCCUCACAGGACCUACAUCCAGCCCAUCAUCAUCAACACCAUCAUCCAACACUGAUACCCUCACAGGACCUACAUCCAGCCCAUCAUCAUCAACACCAUCAUCCAACACUGAUACCCUCACAGGACCUACAUCCAGCCCAUCAUCAUCAACACCAUCAUCCAACACUGAUACCCUCACAGGACCUACAUCCAGCCCAUCAUCAUCAACACCAUCAUCCAAUACCGAUACCCUUACAGGACCUACAUCAAGCCCAUCAUCAUCAACGCCAACUACUACACCCAUUGGUUCAUCAAGUCCUGGAACAAAUCAGCCUUCUUCUAAUGAAACAACAACUCCACAGCUUUCUCCAGCAGACUUGAGUGAACCUUCAGAUAUUAAUGCCAAUACACCGUAUGAUCCGAAUACUCCAGGAAAGUUAUUUCAGGUGGUUCUGGGAGUGUUAGGACACACUUUUACACCAGAGCUUUCCAAUCCUAGCAGUGAAGAGUUUCAGAAAUUGAAAACAUCUAUCGAAAAAGCGAUUAAGGCAAUUUACGAUGGAAUUGAAGCAUUUCGUUCCGCUACACUUAUUCAACUCAAACCAAAAAUUCCUGGGAAAACACCAAAAAAUGAAGUGGAAGCUGAAGUAAACUUGGAAUUCAAAGUAAAUGCACCCAAUCAUUUGGCUCUUUUGAUUGAACAAGUCAAGAGUGGUAGCUUGGGUGAAUUAAAAGUUCAUCCUGAGUUAAAUGCAGCCAUUAUAAGGCAGCACUUCUGUCCAAUGAUUUGUGGUGAAGCGACUUCAUGUCAAUCUUCAUGUCCUAUCACCUGUUGUGCUCCCUAUGUAUCUGUUUGUCAGCAGCCAUCAUGUCCAACCGCAUGCGCUCCAGGCUGUUCUCUCGCUUGUUGCUUAGUUGGGAAGAAACGUCGUCGAAACCAUUAAUUAUUGGGUGGAAUAUAUUCUAAAUUUAAAGCUCAUAUGGUAGUGCUUACGACAGUAAACUCUUCGUAACUUAACCGUGCUUGAUUCAGAUAAAGCUAAUCUAUUUACGGAUUAUAAUGAUCUGGUAAAAAAUGGCUUGUGUAAAUAACUUUGAUCGCUUGCAUUGAAUACUGACUUAGAGACCUCAGUCAUCAAAAAAUAUCUUUUGCUUUAGCAGAACAUAUUGCUCAUAGAGCGUUGAAAUACAAUUAAAAACAGGGUCAUAAA